AUGUAUGAUAUAGACUAUGAAACGUUCACUUUCUAUAAAAAAUAUCGAAGAGUUCAAAUCCAAGACCGUGUGGAGCCCCUUUUGGUUGACCACUGGAUAGUCUACAUUGAACCCAAAGAGUCUUCUUUAAUGAAUGCGAUAAUUAAAACGCAAUUCAAAGAGAGCUCUAAUAGUUUACGACAUUUGAAACGGUUUUUGAAAACGGAAAAGGAUGAUAGAGAUUGGCUGAAGGUUCUUCUUUGCGCCUGCGAUCAAUAUAGCCAAGAAGAGCUUGAGAGCAUAUUGUUUGGUCCGUUGAAACGCACGUGGAUCGAAAAAGUAAGGGUUCCACUCAAUAAGCCUUUUGAUAAAGAGCUGAAUGCGGAGUGGUCAGCAAAAUACUGGCCUAUUGUCUGGAAAGGUAAUCCUAUGAUACAAGAACUGAAUGAAAGCUAUAAGCAGUUCUGCGAACAGAAAGUACAAGAUUACCUGAGAUUGAUUUCGGACUUGUCCAAGACGAGUAAAGACCUCCCUGUGGUUACCAUCUUUGUUGACCCAUCGACAGAUCGAAUAAUGGCCCAGAAAUUUGAUAUGCGUAGUUCCUCGGACAUUAUGAAACAUUCAAUAAUGAAUUGCAUUGACGAAAUUGCAAAGAACGAGCUGCAACGCAGACAAGCUCAUCCAGACCCUUCAUCCCCUACAAACUACCUCUGUCUCAAUUAUCAUGUCUAUACCACACACGAGCCGAUUCAAAAAGAACUGGAGCUAUAG